AAAUAAAAGUCAUGUGUAGGCCCAUACUACCUGUGCAUACUACGGACGAAUAAGAUAAUUAAUUUUUUAUUUUUCUUUUUUAUCUAACGAAGUAGUUCCAUUAAAUUUCAGUCAUGGCAUAUAUUGUGGAUAUGCGGUCAGACACUGUGACGAAGCCGACAAAAGCCAUGAAACAGGCUAUGAUAAAUUCGGCUGUGGGAGAUGAUGUUUACCAAGAAGAUCCAACUGUGAACGCCUUGGAGAGUAAAAUUGCUACCUUGUUGGGCAAACAAGCAGCACUAUUUGUUCCAUCCGGAACUAUGUCUAAUCUUAUUGCUAUAAUGGUUCAUUGCAAUAAAAGGGGAUCUGAAGUAAUAGUUGGGGAGUUGAGCCACAUCUUUAGAUAUGAAGUUGGUGGUGCAACUCACUUAGCAGGAGUGAUGUUGUCUAAUAUACCUAACAAGGCUGAUGGAACUUUUGACUUAAAUGUACUGGAGAGACGGAUCCGCGGUUCUGACAUACAUGAACCCAUCACUUCACUUGUGACUAUUGAGAAUACACACAAUGUCUGUGGAGGCAAGGCAUUACCUCUGCAAUGGGUGGAUGAGUUGGCAGAGUUGUGCAAGAAGCACAAGAUCCCGAUCCACCUAGAUGGCGCUAGGUUGUUCAACGCGUGCGAGUACUUGCAGCAGAGCCCCGCCCGAGUGGCGCGCGACUGCGACAGCGUCUCCGUGUGCUUCAGCAAGGGCUUGGCGGCCCCUGUCGGAUCGGCACUGGUGGGUUCUUACCACUUUAUUGAGCACGCCCGUCGCGUCCGCAAGAUGUUGGGCGGCGGCAUGCGGCAGGCGGGCGUGCUGGCGGCCGCCGCGCUAGUGGCCCUACACGAGGCCGUGCCGCGACUGGCCAUGGACCACAAGCGGGCCCGGAUACUCGCUAAAGUAAUCGACGGGCUGUCCCUGCCGUCGUUCAGGGUGGACCUGGAGAACCUGCACACCAACCUGGUGCUGGUGCACAUCCCCGAGGCCAGUCCGCUGCGCGCCGCCCAAGUGGUGGAGCGCCUCGCGCAGGUCAGCCUGGCCGAGACGCAGGGCGAUUGCAAGACUGCCAAAGACGAGGGCGUUAUAGUGAAGGUGAUACAGUUCAACAGCAAGACGAUCCGCCUGACGCUGCACCUGGACAUCACGGACGAGGACCUGUGGCUCGCCAUCAUGAAGAUCACGUACGUGUUCAAGGAGAUGGACGCAGCCGCCAACUGAUUGGAUGUAAUGUAAAACUCGACGAGCCAACGCAUAUUCAAACUAGUGGAUGUACUGGGCCGUAAUUGGCUAAGGGUAUGUUCCGAUAUACACUGCGAGCACUGCGCAGUGGUCUUACUGCUGAAAAAUCCGUUCCGUUAUGGACUGCCAGUACACUGCUACAGUACCCUAGGGAAAUUUAUGACGUCAUUAAUUGCCGCCAUAUUUGUACUGUGAGCACUGGAGAUUUCGAGGUAAGGUGCUCGCAGUGCUUUUGAUCACGUGAUCAGUCGAAACAGAAUCAGAAAAUGAUAAGUUUCU